UUUUAUUUCAGUCAAACUCAAAUAAAAACCUCAUCACUCUCUCUGCAUUGCAUUGCUUCCAUCAAUCUCCAAAACCACUCACUCAAAUCUCUCCCACACAUCAAUGUUUUCAAACUGAAACUGCCAUAACAUUUCACCCAAACCAUAGCCCACAACAUUUUCCUUUUCCUUUUCCUUUUCCACCUCCUCUUUUAUUAUUCUUGACUACAACAUUAAUGUUGUUCCACUCAAUCAUUAUUAUCAUAUAAAUUACCAACAUGUUUUCUUGAUUCAUUUCAAACUUUACACUUUCCAAGGCUAUUGAUUCAAACACAUGGAGAAUCAAGUGAAAGAUGAAGAGUCACAACAGCAUCAAUUUGGUGGUGUAUCAGAAGAUGAGCAUGUGGGGUUAUUGAUUCAGAAAGAGGUUUCCUUUGGGUUCAAAAAAGAUGGAAUUUUGAUGUUUGAUGAAUCCUUGAAACGUGCUCGUUUCAAUGCUAUCAAUUGGAUUUUCAAAACAACAGAAGCAUUGGAUUUUCACUUUCAAACUGCUUAUUUGUCAGUGACUUAUUUGGAUCAGUUCCUUACCAAACGCAACAUUGAUGCGGAGAAGGAUUGGGCGAUAAGGUUGCUAUCGAUUGCAUGUCUUUCUCUGGCUGCAAAGAUGGAAGAAUGCAAUGUGCCUGAGCUAUCAAGGUUUCAGUUGGAAGAUUGUUAUUUCUUUCAAGGAAAAGUGGUUCAAAAAAUGGAACUUUUGGUUCUCACCACAUUGGAUUGGAACAUGGGGAUCAUUACUCCCUUUUCAUUCCUUUCUUACUUUAUCAAAAGGUUCACCGAUGAUUCCGCGUCGAAUCUUAUUGUUUCCAACUCAAUGCAACCUAUCUUCACUGUAAUUAUGGAAGGGUUCAAUCUAAUGGAUCACAAACCAUCUGUUAUUGCAGCAGCUGCUACUUUGGUAGCAUUGGAUCAAACAUUGACCAUAGAAGAUGUGAGGUUGAAAAUGAAUUCAAUUUUGCAAAUUGAACCGAAUGAUGUAUUUGAUUGCUACAAUCUAAUUCAGAGAUUAUAUGAGGAGAAGAUUAAAAGAGAUGAGCAUUUAUAUACACCGAAUUCAUCGGUUAUCCGAUCCAGGACAAUUGACUAUGCCGUUUCCAUGUCAAAGAGAAGAAGACUGUCAUUCAAUGAUGAUGAAGAUGGUGGUGACAAGAAGGGACCACAUCAAGAAGACCCCAAAACUUGAACUUUUUUGAAGUUUUAACAGUUCUAUGUGAAGAUUAUGUAUUGUCCUUUGUUACUUUUUGCUAUAGUAUCAUAUCAAGAGAGAUAGAGAAAGGUUUUGAUUGUUACUAGACUGAAAAUAGUAUUGGAUUUAUUGGUUGUUACCAUGAGGAACAGCGAGGAAAAGGAAACUCGGGUUUUCGGAUACAUUUAGUAGCUGGAUUGCUCAAAUUAGCAGGUAAAUUGAAGUGUUAAUAUAGUUUGAUCUCACAAAUAAUCGCAUUAGUCGUUUGGGUAGACUAAAAUAAUCGCCGUGAUGGAUGGUUGAAAAAGGGUGAAAGUGGGAAAAGAAAAACAGUGUUGGUGUGAUAGGAUGCAUGGUUUGUGUUUCAUAUUAGCCAUCACAAUGUAAAGAUUGAUUGGAUUUGUUUGAAUGUUUGAGACUGCUUUUAAGGCGGGACCUACCGUUUUGCCUGGCUUUCUUGUGUUCAUGGGUCAUGAAACUCAGAUGUUUGUUGAAUCAAAAGUAUUUUUCUGUUGGUUAUGCUUUCAAGCUAAGUAA